AGCCGGAAGUUCGUAUGCGUGGGACGUUGCGGAUAUUUUUACAAAAUUACUAUUCGUAUAAUUUGUAUUUGGUUAUUCUGUUACAGGCACUGACUGCAGUAGCGGGAAACAUGUCCGAGUCAAAGGAUCGUCUCCGGGUCGCUGUUCGCGUCCGACCUUUCAGUCAACGAGAAGUUGCUAGGGGAUGUAAGAGAAUCGUCGACAUGGAUGGCGUGACAACGUCUCUGACUCAUCCGACAGACCUGGCCGACCGUAAGAGUUUCUCAUUCGAUCAUUCCUAUUGGUCGUUCGACGGAUUCAGUGAAGACCAGACUAGCGGCAGGAACGUUGCCGAUCCUAGUCAUCCUAGAGGCCAUCAGUACUGCGACCAGGAGCGUUUGUUUGGCGAUGUGGGACGGGUAAUGCUGGCCGACACUUUUGAAGGUUACAACACCACUUUGUUUUCGUAUGGGCAGACGGGAUCUGGGAAAUCCUACUCGGUUAUUGGGUACGGCUCCAAUGAAGGUAUUAUUCCACAGUUCUGCCACGAGAUUUUCCGUGCCAUCGAUGAAAACUCGUAUACUUCGCCUGUUGAUCCUAUUCAAUUUGAAGUCCAUCUCUCUAUGCUGGAAAUUUACAAUGAAAAUGUGUACGACUUACUCACACCAUCGAAAACCGAUAAGGGACUGAAAGUGCGUGAACAUCCCAAAAAAGGAUUUUAUGCUGAUGGGCUCUCGAAUUUCGUGGUGACCAGUUAUGCAGACAUAGAACGGCUAAUAAAACACGGCACGCUCAACCGUACUGUGGUAGCGACAAACAUGAAUGCUACCAGCAGCCGAUCGCACACCAUCGUUUCCAUUGGCCUCGACCAGAAAAGAACGACUCAAAUUGGCGAGGUUACUAUUACAUCCGUCGUCAACAUUGUUGAUUUAGCCGGAAGUUACUCGCUCGUUAAAAAAACGGAGGAUUCACUGGAACAGCAUGUAUUGAAAAAGACAGUAUUUAAACGCCAUCACGAGAGGGUUAGCAAAGCUGGGACUGGAAACACGAGCGGGGAACGUUUCAGAGAGGGUGUGGCCAUUAACCAGUCACUUCAAUGUCUUGGCCAUUGCAUUCACGCUCUAGCGGAAUCGUCGUCGGCGUCAUCAUCUAAUUUUCCAAUGAAUAGUCACAGCAAGAACCAACGAAUCCCUUUUCGCGAUUCUGUGCUCACUAAGUUGCUGAUGAACGCUUUGGGAGGUAACAGCAAAACUAUCAUGGUGGCAUCGAUUAGUCCCGCUGAUAUUCAUUAUGAGGAGACGUUGUCAACGUUACGCUACGCUGAUCGAGCCAAGCAAAUUCGAACGCGGGCGACUGUCAAUGAGAAACCAAUCGAAAAAAUAGUUCGUGAGCUGAAAGGAGAAAACCAGCGCAUAAAAGCUGCAUUGACACGCGGUAAUAUUGAUCCUCAGUGGGUAAAAACUGUGGUAAAUGGUCGACAGAGCAAUCCCAAAACUCUGAAAGAUACGAAAAAGAAGUGGGAGGACGAACUUCGAGCUCAAGUAACGGAGAAUGAACGUGAAAUACAACGUAUUCGAUCACCGAAACCAAAGGAAUUACCAAAAGCAGAUGAAGUCGUGACUGAUAUGUUAUUCGAAAGUAAACGAAAUCACGAAGGUGGCGGACCAUAUUUACAAAAUGUCAACAUGGAUCCUUUAUUGGACGGACGAUGGAUACAUUAUCUCAAACGAGGCACUACUUUAAUCGGAAAAGCGCAGCCCAGCAUAUCGGGUAUCGAAAUGAUCGGCCCGGGGAUGCAGCAGAAUCACGCAGAAAUAUCAUUCCACGAGAACAAUGACGUGGCUCUCCACUCGUUGACGGAAAAUGGACGAGUUUUGGUUAACGGUGUACCAAUCAAACCGCGGGUUGAAACGGUUCUGCAGCCCAACGAUCGGCUGGUUUUCGGUGCCACGCAAAUGUGGCUAUUCCGGAAUCCAGCACUGGUGGACCAAGCGGGUGUUUCUGACAGUCCAAUGAUAAAUUAUGAUUUCAUUUUACAUGAAAUGGCAACCAAAUCAGGGAUGGAUAUCCUUUCCAGUUCCUCGGACGGUAAAGACUCACUACAGGAAGAGCUCGUGGCCGUAUUGCCGUCGGUUGAAGAGGCUAAUGAGAUCAGCGCUGAACUGAACAAGCCAGUCAAGUUUGAGAUUGUUCUUGUCGCACCACAAAUCUACAAUAAUCCAGCCGAAAAAAUGGUUCCUAGUCAAGUGUACGUCAAGAUGAAGAACUUGGACCACGGAACUGAAUACAUUUGGUCCAAAGAGAAAUUUUUCACGCGUUUUGAUUUCAUGCGAGAACUCUACAGGCAUCACCAAAUGGAAAUCAAUGGAGAAGAAGAAGACGGCAGAGAAAUCAGGAUAACAGACGAUCGUGAUCCAUUUUCUGAAUCAUCUGAUGCUGUCGUAAUAAUAGGGAUGACAAGAAUAGUUCUGCGAUCGCUUGCCUAUUUGGUGGAGAUGCAGGAUCACGUUCCCAUCACUGAUUUACGCGGCAUUAAGAUCGGAGUAAUGAAAAUUGCGCUGGUUCCUUGCGCCGAUAGUUUGGGUCAUCAACUUCAAGAGGACGAUUUGGUCGAUUCAUCAGACCAAUUGAUCGGAAAAAAUCUUUUCUUUAAAUUCCACAUUAUUGGUUGUCGCAACCUACCUCCUAAAUUUAGAGUUGAUCUUCACUGCAAGUACAGAUUUUACGGCGACAAAGAUGACAGUAAGACAAAGAUGUAUCCUUACUCGUCUAAUUUACAAUUCAACCACAGUCGGAUCUUGAGCUACGAACCAGUAACGAGAGAGUUCGUAGAUUACCUGAAUCACGGGUCGGUAGUAGUAGAAGUCCUUGGGAGACACAUCAUUGAGCAGAAUCAUCCUUUUAAUAAUUCCUAUCCUACACCUCACCUCGUGGAUAGUAGAGAAUUCCUCGACGAAGAAGAUCAAGGAGUCUUGUCAAGGACGGGCGAAAUAAUGGCACAGAAGCCCUCCAUAAACAAUUUCGAAAGUGCAUUCAAAUCAGUGGACGGAAGAAAACAGGAAUUGCUAGCCGAACUGCAACUAGUGAAACGCACACACGUGAGACUUCAACAGCGAUUGGAUUUCAUCCGCCAGAUGACCGACCGUUGUCUUCUCACCGGGCAGGAAAGCAUUCCAACGGCGUUGCUGGAUGCGAUGCUUAACGCCAACGGAUCGGAACAGGCUCGACGCAUCGUUCAACAACUAGAAACCGGAGAAGAUGGUGACGAAUGGGUGGACUGGAACGUAACGAAUCAACCAAAAGAACACAGAAGCAGCGUUUGCGUCAUAUCAUAAAACAAAAUGAACACAAUUGCUGCCCACCCAUAUACAUAGACUAAAUUAAACAACUUCUAUUACGUGUUAAUACAUUUCUUAGUAAUUCAAUUGCCCAUGAUCAAUAAGAUUAAGAUGGAGACUGA